AUACUUUCGUAAAUGGAGUAUACAUAUUAUCAGACUGUUGAUUGUAACAGCCGGUAGCACGCGCGAGAGAGAGCGAGAGCAACACGGCAUACUUAGAGGCCUAUCGUACAACAGAAGAAAUCAAUCUAAUGUGAAUAGACAGCAGACCUAAUGUUCACCGAAACUUCUGACAAAUGGCAACUUCAUGAUUUGACUGAAAAGUGUACGGUAGUGAGAUUGAACUAUUAAGAGGGAGCAAUAUGUUGUGGCUAUACGCGAUCGGGUGUUGGCUAUUGGCCUUUUUCAUACCUACCUGGGGUAGUGACGAUGCCAAAAGACUAUACCACGACCUCCUGGUGGAGAGACACUAUAACAAACUUAUAAGACCAGUCAGCAACAGUUCGGACAAACUUGUUGUGAAGAUGGGCAUACGACUGUCCCAGCUGAUAGACGUGGAUGAAAAGAACCAGAUCAUGACGACGAAUGUCUGGCUUCGUCAGUGGUGGUAUGACGCUAGCCUGGUUUGGAACCCGGCCGAGUACGCCAACAUUACUAAAUUGGAGGUUCCUUCACCUAAAAUAUGGACGCCCGACAUUGUCCUCUUUAACAAUGCCGACGGCCACUACGAGGUGACCUUGAUGACGAAGGCCACAUUACACCCAAAUGGGUUAGUUGUAUGGGAGCCCCCUGCUAUUUACAAGUCUUCCUGUCAGAUAGACGUCGAGUUCUUCCCCUUUGAUAUACAGGAAUGCAGCAUGAAGUUCGGGUCUUGGACGUAUGAUGGAGACCAGGUCGACAUCAUUCACAUGUGCUCUGACGAGGCCAUGGACCGGAAGUUGAUUGCCGAGGGUAUUGAUCUGCGUGAUUUCUACCCUAGCGUGGAAUGGGACAUUUUAGAGGGGAUCGCCCAGAAGAACGUCCGUCGUUACGCUUGUUGUCCUCAACCAUACCCAGAUAUCACAUUUAACAUCACUAUGAGGCGGAAGACGCUGUUUCACACUGUCAACCUCAUCAUUCCUUGCGUGUCAAUCUCAUUCCUCACUGUCUUGGUAUUCUAUCUGCCCUCAGACAGCGGAGAGAAAAUUACUUUGUGUAUAUCCAUUUUGCUCUCGCUCACUGUGUUCUUCCUGUUGUUGGCGGAGAUAAUUCCGCCUACUUCGAUAGUGGUACCCCUGAUCGGCAAAUACCUACUCUUCACCAUGAUCCUUGUCACCUUAUCCAUCCUCGUCACCGUUAUAGUCCUCAACGUACACUUCCGCUCGCCCUCCACCCACACGAUGUCACCAUGGGUGCGCAGGGUGUUCCUCAACAUCCUCCCACGUCUGUUGAUCAUGCGCAGACCAUCUACUGACCGUGAGGGAACACAGUCACGUGUUUCUGUAAGAACUUGGAACGGGGUGGAAGUUCGAAAUUCAUAUCAGGACCAAAUACGAAACACGAUAGAUGGGGAAGAUAUACGAUUUAUUCGACAUGGUCUAGAAGAGCUAGUAGCGCAGACUGAAACAGAUUCCUGCCAAAGGCGCAAACCAGUCCCAAUGGAAAUACAAAACGCUGUGGACAGCGUAUUCUUCAUCGCCGAGCACUUGAAGUCAGAGGAUCAGGAGAAUUCAAUAAAGGAGGACUGGAAGUAUGUUGCCAUGGUGCUGGACCGAUUGUUUCUGUGGAUCUUCACCACUGCUUGUGUGGUUGGAACCUUCGGAAUCAUCUUACAGGCGCCCACCAUAUAUGACGCCAGGAUGCCUCUUACACCCCAUGACACGUGUUUCCUGCCGUCUUAGUGAUGACGUCAUCGUGUGACGAUUACAUAUCUGUGAUAGUGACGUAGAUGUGAAAGUGGACACGUGUGUGUGCAACUACAUGUAAGGUUAAAAAUAUAGCCACUUAGUGACUGAGAUUUCCAUUAGUGGAAUAGUGACGAUUGUGUGUAUACAGUGUCCAAAUUAUCGCUAGGAUCUAUUGUAUAACACGUUUUAUUGUCUUUUAUAUCUAAUUUGGUAAUACGAUAAUAACGUUGCUAGUUGUGAACACGUUACGAUACAUCUGUUGAUUUUGAGAAAUGGAUUUUUUUUCGGAUUCGGAAGCAACAUUGAUCUGUAACAACGAAAGGGUACACAAGCCAACACGGUAACAUUCCAACAAUCAAGCAAAUAUCACAACAAUAAUAUAUACAAAAAAAAUAAGUCAUUAAUGAAGUCUUGAAUAAACAUGACUAUUUAUUAAUGCUGGAUUUAUUGGAAUAGUGAAUAAAUGUAUUUCCUCAUACAACCGGAAUUAUGAAACAGGAACGUGUCACAAUUUUUAGUCUCCCAGACAGAGAGCCGUCUGUGUAAGCGGUUUUCUUUCUUUUCUUUUUGUGUUAACAGGAAUCUCAUCUAAAAGUCUUCUAUUUAGGUUUGUGUAAAAUGCAGUUCGUCUCAUGAUUUUAUGUCACAAGAAAGUGCCUGUGUGUGUAUUUAUGUUUGUAUGAUUCUGUAGAUGGUGUUAAUGUCAGUUAUCUGAUGUAAACGUUUCUGAUGAUCUCUAAUAAGUUGCACAAAGAAACACACGCUCUAAGUUAGGCACGUGCCGAGGGUUUAAACGUGUCAAAUCAAUUAAUAUUCGGUGUUUAAAGUUUUAAUUUUCAUUUAGAACUAUGAGUACGGCGUGUUGAAGCAAAGCGCGACAUUUCUGUAGGUUAUAAAUAAAUGACUGAUAUUUCUAGAAUAUUGACAGGAGUAGCUACUUCACGAACAUUGGUUUACUUAAAAAAGCUAAUAAGCUGU